AUGAGUAAGAUGUCAGGGGGGGAGGAGUUUUAUCUGUUCAAGAACAUCUCCUUGGUGGGGCCAUGGGAUGGGCCUCAGUACCACAUUGCCCCUGUCUGGGCCUUCCGCCUCCAGGCAGUCUUCAUGGGCUUUGUCUUCUUUGCAGGGACACCACUCAAUGCCUCGGUGCUGGUGGCCACCCUGCGCUACAAGAAGUUGCAACAGCCACUCAACUAUAUUCUGGUCAAUGUGUCCCUGGGGGGCUUCCUCUACUGCAUCUCUGUCUCCAGCGUCUUCAUCGCCAGCUGUCAGGGAUACUUCGUCUUUGGCCGCCAUGUUUGUGCUUUGGAGGCCUUCCUGGGCUCUACAGCAGGUCUGGUGACAGGCUGGUCACUGGCCUUCCUGGCCUUUGAGCGCUACAUGGUCAUCUGUAAGCCCUUCGGCAACUUCCGCUUCAGCUCCAAGCACGCGCUGAUGGUGGUCCUGGCUACCUGGACCAUUGGUAUUGGCGUCUCCAUCCCACCCUUCUUUGGCUGGAGCCGGUUCAUCCCUGAGGGCCUGCAGUGCUCCUGUGGCCCCGACUGGUACACCGUGGGCGAGUACUAUACCUGGUUCCUCUUCAUCUUCUGCUUCAUUGUGCCUCUCUCCCUCAUCUGCUUCUCCUACUCGCAGCUGCUGGGAGCCCUCAGAGCUGUGAGUGAUUUUUGUGAGGGUCAGGGAGGAGGGGAGAGUCAGAAGGCCGAGCGGGAGGUGAGCCGGACGGUGGUAGUGAUGGUGGCCUCCUUCUGUCUCUGUUACACGCCCUACGCUGCGAUGUCCAUGUAUAUGGUCAACAGCCGGAACCACGGGCUGGACCUACGGCUUGUCACCAUUCCUGCCUUCUUCUUCAAGAGUGCUUGUGUCUACAACCCCAUCAUCUACUGCUUUAUGAAUAAGCAGUUCCAAGCCUGCAUCAUGGAGAUGGUGUGUGGGAAGUCCAUGACAGAUGAUUCUGAAAUGUCCAGCUCCCAGAAAACAGAAGUCUCUACUGUCUCUCCCAGUCAAGUUGGCCCCAACUAA